AUGAUCUCGUGCACGGGGAACAGACCUGUGCUUGACUAUAAUGGCUAUGGCUGCUGGUGUGGGUGGGGAGGAGCUGGUACUGCUGUUGAUGAGCUUGACAGAUGCUGCCAAGCCCAUGAUCAGUGCUACAAUACUGCGCUGCGGCAUGGCUCGUGCAGACGGUUCUGGGACAAUCCCUACACUAAAACAUACAGGUUCCAGUGUGACUGGCGCAGCAAGAUUGUCAGCUGUAAUAGAAGCAACAAUCCAUGCGAGAUGUUCAUCUGUGAGUGUGACAGGAGAGCGGCGAUGUGCUUUGCCAGGUCACGCUACAAUGAAAAAUAUAGAAACUAUCCCAAUGCCUACUGCAAGUAA